AUGUCUGCCAAGUACCUACUGGUGUUCGAAACUCACAUGGGUGCCCUCAACUCCAUGGUCAAUGAAGUCGGAAACGGCGAGCACAAUCUGAUCCAGCCAAUUGACUGCGAAGUCAAGCUCGAGGUGCUUGAGUCUACGUGGAACAAGAUUGCCGACGCCAAUGACAAAUUGACCAGUUGCAAGGAUAUUGAUAUCACCCACAAUUACUUUAAAGAAGGUCGAUUCACCAAGGCCGUUAAUCGCUACGUAAUGGUUAAAUCUUCUCUCAAGCGCCGCAUCGCCGAAAUUGAACCUCGUGUGGUUCCUCUCUCGCCUCACAAUCGCACUGCAAAUGAGGCUACCGCCUUUCGUCCACAGUUGCCAACUAUUCAACCUCCAAAAUUCAAUGGAGAGCUUCUUGAAUGGCAAUCAUUCAAAAAUAAGUUCUCAUCCGUCGUCAACAAAGACGGUGUUAACGAGGUUGACAAGAUGCACUAUCUUCUCCAGAGCCUCCAAGGCACUGCAUACUCUCUCGUCGCUAAUGUGGAGAUAACAGACACUGCAUUCGCCACAGCCUGGCAAACUCUGACCACGAGGUAUGAGAACAAGCGAGUAUUGAUCACGGCUCAACUCAACAAACUGUUUACCAUACCCAAAAUGGCGUCACGAGCCGCCAAAGAGGUUAACAACGUUAUCAACACCACUUCUGAGGUACUAAAUGCCCUGAGGGCUCUCGGAUCGCCAGUUGAUCACUGGGAUCACAUUAUUGUACAUUAUAUCACUCAGAAGCUGGAUCCUCAGACUCGAGAAGACUGGGAAAUCACGCUGGGAGCGGCUACAGAUUUCCCACCGUACGAUCGUAUCAAGAGCUUCCUGCUAGCUCGUGCACGAGCCCUUGAAGCCAUGGAAGGACGUCUUCCAGUCAAACCACGUGACCCUAAGGUCAACAAAAAGUCCGCGAGUGGUAGCAAACUCACCCACGGAUCUAAGACAUCAUCUGCACAUGUCCAUAUGACCAGUUCGACAUCGCAAAACGUCACUAUGGCCACUGGACCUCCUACAACAACUCAACCACCUCCUGGACAGAUCGCUGGAGCAUCUCCAAGACCACAACGUCCUUGUUCGUGCUGUGGUGAAGCACAUUUCAUCGUAUCGUGCCCAGCGUUCCAAAGAUUAUCGCCCAAAGAGCGUCAUCAGCUGGCUAUCUCCAAGUCGUUGUGCCCCAACUGUCUUGGACCUCAUUCGUUCGAGAAUUGUCGUAGCCAAAAACGCUGUCGGUUUUGUCAAGCAGCGCAUCAUUCCAUGCUACAUGAUUCUACGCUUCUCAGCUCAGCAUCAACUUCAUCUAACACAAUGAUGAAUUCUCAAUCUACUGCCUCUCACACGACAUCGCCAUCGCCUAUCGCAUUAUCGCCAUCGCCUAUCGCAUUAUCGCCAUCGCCUAUCGCAUUAUCGCCAUCGCCUAUCGCAUUAUCGCCAUCGCCAUCGCCUAUCGCCGCAACGACCUCGUCAUUGCCUAUCGCAGCAUCGCUACUCUCUUCGCAACAAGCUCGUUCUUCGUGCAACACAGCCUCAGCAUCAAGACCUCUGGUGUUGUUGGCCACAGCACAAGCCCUCAUCGUAUCGCCAACACAUCAUCCUCGCACAGUACGUCUGUUGAUCGAUCCAGGGUCAGAACUAUCGCUGAUUUCUCUGCAGCUCGCUCGCCAGCUUGAUAUGAAGCCUUCCAAAACGAGUAUCCCGAUUAUUGGAGUAGGAAGUGUGCCUUCAGGAUCAACGAAGGGUGCUGUUGACAUCACUUUACGAUCUAAGCAUUCUGAAGACCAGAUUGAGCUUCAUGCGCACGUACUGCAGUCUCUUACCGUCGAACUGCCUCCAGUCGUCAUCGCCAGUCAAUCCUGGAACCACAUCGCAGAUUUGGAACUAGCAGAUCCAGAUCAUCUAUCACCAGGUCGGAUUGACAUCCUCAUUGGAGCUGACUCUUAUGGCUUGAUUAUCAAGCCUGGAGUUAUCACGGGAAACCCCGGACAGCCUAUCGCCAUUCAGACUGUUUUUGGAUGGGCCGUUCUUGGACCUGCUGGUCCAUCUUCUAUCACCACGCCUGCACAUCAAGGUCACCUAAUCUCAAACCUGCAGCUUCACGAACUCGUCUCGAAAUUCUGGGAGCAGGAAGAAGUUCCAGCGUCUCACCAAGAAUCUCUUAGUGCUGAAGAAGCCGAGUGUGAAGCACACUUCAUCGCCACUCACUCUCGCGACAGCUCAGGUCGCUACAUCGUGCGAUUGCCCUUCAAACCCAAUGCUCCUCCGCUUGGAUACUCGAAAGGCAUUGCACAACGUUCGCUAUCUCGCAUUCUCAAUCGCAUCGCCCAACAACCAAAUCUUCAUCGACUGUACACAGAGUUUCUCACCGAGUACGAGUCCCUGGGUCACAUGGAGAAAGUUCAACCGUCAACUGCUUCAGACGUUGUCUAUUACCUCCCUCAUCACGGAGUGAUGCGCAAUAACAAAAUUCGUGUGGUGUUCAAUGGCUCUAGUAAGACAACAUCAGGCUAUUCGCUCAACGAACUGCUUCAUGUCGGUCCCAAGACUCAGAAUGACAUCUUCGACGUGUUGUUGUAUGUCCGUCGCCAUCGCCUCAUCUUUACAACUGACGUAGAAAAGAUGUUUCGCCAAAUUCUCAUACAUCCUGAUGAUCGCAAGUUCCAACGCAUCUUAUGGAUUGAUAAUAACUCACAGAGCCAAGAGUUCGAACUUACCACAGUUACAUACGGAACUACAUCAGCUCCUUACUUAUCAGGCCGCACCCUGAGACAACUACUGCUAGACGAAGGUCACGACUUUCCUUUAGCUGCUGAACCGAUCGAAAGGGGAAGUUAUGUCGACGACAUUACUGGCGGUGCUGAUGAUCUCGACUCUCUCAAUGCUAUCGCAAAACAAGUUGAAGAAAUGUGUCUACGAGGAUGCUUCCCUUUGGCAAAGUGGAAGAGCAAUCAUCCUGAUUUCUUCAAAAUUAAUCUAUCUUAUCAACCAGGUUCAGAGUAUCAUGAAUUUAACGAGUCAUCCUCCAAGAUUCUGGGUCUAGCCUGGCAGUGUGCGCCAGAUCUGCUCAAGUUCACUGGUCAGUCCUCACAAAAGGCAGCUAUCACCAAACGCACCAUCUUAUCCGAAACAGCUCAACUGUUUGAUCCUCUGGGCUUGAUCUCGCCAGUCAUCGUCCGCGCCAAAAUCUUAAUGCAAGAUUUAUGGCAACAAAAGGUCGGAUGGGAUGAUACUCUCACGCCGCAAAUCAUUCACCGCUGGACGUCGUUUCGCGAUGAGCUAUCUCAGCUAUCUCAACUAGCAAUUCCUCGGUGGCUCAAUCUACUCACUGAUAGCUCGGAAGUCGAGAUACAUGGGUUUUCAGAUGCCUCUCAAGCUGCAAUGGCUGCUGCUGUUUACCUCAAAGUAACGACUUCUAACGGCUCAUCAACAGUAACUUUAGUCUGUUCAAAGACUCGAGUUGCACCUCUUCAUCGUCUUACAAUUCCACGGUUGGAAUUAUCAGCUGCUUUGCUGUUAUCAAAACUAGUCUCUUGCGUUCAGUCAACUCUCCAGCUCCAACAUGUUCCUGUUUCAUUGUGGACUGACUCCGCUGUGACUCUGGCCUGGAUUAACAGUGAUCCAAUGCGCUGGAAAGAGUUCGUAAAGAACCGAGUUCAAGAGAUUCAGCAAACCUCGCCAAACGCCACCUGGAGAUUCGUCUCAGGAAAACAAAAUCCUGCAGAUUGUGCUUCUCGAGGUCUAACACCUGCUCAACUCAUCAACCAAAAACUCUGGUGGUCUGGACCCGACUGGUUAGCCCAACAGAGUCAUCUUUGGCCAUCUUUCACGGCAUCAGAUGAUCAACUUGCUGACAUCGAGAUUCGCCCUAGCACAGUGCACGCAUCUUCAAGUACCAAGCUGCCGUUUGAUGUCCUAUUCUACGAAGACAGACCUCUCACAAAGCUGUUACGUGUCACAGCCACGAUUCAGCGAGCAGUGGCGUGUUUCAAGAGAGUUCCUGCGUCCAGCUUGAGCUCUUCACCUCUAAACCCUGCUGAUCUUCAAUUUGCUUUGACGUUCUGGAUCAAAUCCACGCAGCAAAUCUACUUCGCCAGUGAGAUUCGAGCACUAUUACAAGGUAAGAGUCUUGCUAAAUCUAACCCUCUCUCUCGACUUACAGCUUGGAUCGACCAGACUGGCUUACUUCGAGUUGGUGGACGUUUACAAUACUCUCAACUUAAUGAAGACGCCAAACAUCCUCCAAUAAUGCCGAAAGAUUCAGAAAUCUCCAGGCUUAUUAUCGCCAACGCCCACACACGUACUAUGCAUGGUGGAACUCAGCUGACACUUGACUACGUACGUAGAUACUGCUGGAUCCUUGGUGGUCGUGCUCCUAUCAAAUCUUUCAUUCAUCGAUGCGUCACCUGCACCAGGAUACGUGGCAUCCGUGCUCAACAACGCAUGGGACAGCUCCCAGCUUCCCGUGUCACACCUUCACUGGUCUUUGAGCAUGCUGGAGUCGAUUACGCAGGCCCAGUGUCGCUCAAGUUCUUUCAAGGGCGCGGCACGCGCUCAUAUAAGGCUUGGAUCGCAGUAUUCGUGUGCUUUUCAACUUCUGCUACUCACCUGGAGCUGGUAACUGACUACAGUGCUCAAGGCUUCUUGAAAGCGUUCAGACGCUUCACAGCCCGACGAGGAAUCUGCAAGACGCUCACCAGUGACUGCGGAACCAACUUUCAAGGUGCUAGUGUUAUCUUGAAACGGUUGCUAGCUGGUUCUACCAAAGAAUCGCAACAUCUUCAACAACUUAUUGCCAACGACGGUACAAAAUGGAAGUUCAAUCCUCCAGGAGCUCCUCACAUGGGUGGCAAAUGGGAAGCUGCCGUCAAAUCUGUCAAGUAUCACCUAUCACGCAUCAAUUCGGACAAAAUCCUCACGUACGAGGACUUCUCCACGCUUCUAACUCAGGUGGAAGCUGUUUUAAAUUCUCGACCUCUCAGUGCUCUAUCAGAAGAUCCUGACGAUCUCACAGCGUUGACUCCUGGACACUUCAUUCGAGGAGCACCCCUUACGCUUAUACCCGAGCCAACAUUGGUCGACACCCCAGCAAACCGACUAUCACGACUUGAGGACAUCCAGCAGCGGCUUCAACUGUUCUGGUACCACUGGUCUGCUUCUUGCCUGAAAUCUCAUCAAACCAUCUCCAAGUGGAAUACUUCAUUCAACGACAUCGAUGUUGGAUCUCUAGUCCUGGUCACAGAUGAGCGAUAUCCACCAUCAAAAUGGCCGCUGGGUCGUGUCACCCACACUCACCCUGGUAAGGAUAAUCUUACCCGAGUUGUCACCAUCCAGACGGCUACUUCUACCUAUACACGACCAAUACACAAGUUGGUGCUACUUCCUAUUCCGAGACACGAGGAAGAUUCUCAUGACGUUGCUCCAGCCACGUCUCAUCUACUUCUCCAUCCAGCGGAGAAGGGGGGAGAAUGUUCAAAUCUCCCUCUCUACUUCCCAGCCAUUACCGACUAA